GCUUGCCUGUCUUCAAAACUUGAGAGCCCUGUUUCACAUAUAUCAUAUGUUUACAGAUUGUAAAGUCCUCCGAGACAAGUGUGUAAUUGUUGGCUCCACAAAAUCAACUGAAUUGAAUUAACACUAUGCAUUAGCGCAGUAAUCGGCACUAUAUGAAUGAGUGCAAUGAAGCUGUAAACACAAUGAAGACCCGUGGUGUUGUGUCGAAGGCUGUCCCUUCCCCGAAACCUAAACCAAUAAUUUAUAUAUGAUUUUAUUUGUGAUCCCCUUUAAUAUUAGUUUUUAUUUAUAUAUACACCUAACCCCUCAGUGGGGUGCUACUGUUUUAUCAGGAGGGAAACACUUUCAACCGGGGAGCGAACUUUCACACGACUCCGGAACCAUUGCAGCGAUGUUCGUUGUUUCCUACCCGGCGGGUUAAAAACCGUCGGACAACAACCAGAAAGGGCACCGUUGUGCAACCUAUAUGAGGUUGUAUUUAAAUUAAACCAAUUAUGUGGGUCGCCAGGCGAUUGCUGUCGUCUGUCGCUCAGAUAAGUCGGCAUGCCGGACAGCCCGGCUUGUUCCGCCGCCCUCGGCACGGCUGCCUCCCAGAGCUGGAGCUGCGGUACCUGCAGUGCACAUGCUGCUGGCGGAGCCGGGCCCCCGUGGCGGGCUUCGAGACCCUGAACCACACCCUGUCCUCCUCCGCGUCGGAGCCAUGCGAGGAGGACGACGACGACCUGUCCCUGGACGCCUGCUACACCUGCGAGCAGCGGGCCGCCAUCCUCCUGCUGCUCAACACCGGCACGCAGCUGGAGCUGGCGGGCGUGAAGCUCCUCAGGGGCCGCAAAUCGCUCAACAUCGUGGAGCACAGGACUAAACACGGGCCCUUCAGGACCCUGGAGAGCGUGGUCAACGUGCCGCUGCUGAAGCACAAAAGUGCCAUCACGGUGUUCAACUCUAUUCUCAACCCGGUGAACAAAGAGAGGAAAGUGAAGAUUCAGUUGGCAAAGUUCAUCAGGCCGAAAGUUGACAGGUCCUUGCUGGAGGAGGCCAGUAAUGUUGUGUCACUCGUAUGUGGGACUAAUAAAAUCGCCUGGGCUCAUGUGGACCGGGAGAUGGCGGUGCUGGAUUGGCGAGAGCUGGACUGUCCAAACUUCCUGAAGGGAACAUACAUGGCUUAUUCUUACUUAAAUGAUGUGUCUGCGGCCGUGGCGCUCCUCCCGUCAGCUGACUUCUACAUAAUUGAGAAAUCCUCCAUCUCCGUUCAGAAUACGGCCCUGUUCCCCAUCAUGGCCCACAUGAGGACUGUGGAGGCCAUGUUGUUCGCUCUGCUGGAGCCCAGAAACGUACCACCCGAUUCAAACAUUCCUCCAAGAGUUUUGAACAUGAUGCGCACCGCUGUGGGACGUCACUUCGGACUCAUGGUGGGCGAGUCGCGGACCAGUGGCGCUCAGGCGGUGCGACAGCUGAUGACCGAGUCGGUGACUCAGAGGCGUCCCAGGAUAAACUUCCCCCCCGAGCUGCUGGUGAAGCACAGGAAUUCUUUCCAGAUGGGCAGCAGGAGAGGAGGGGAGGAACUCUGCGACGCUCUGCUCCAGGCGGUGACUUUUUAUGAGCUCCUCAGUGACUCUUCCAGUUAGCCGCCACGUGGAUCGGUCUCUAACCAUGGCACUCGGAGCGCUUGUGGACUUGAACCCACAAUUUACCUCUUGGAACAGAUUUUGUGGCGAUUCGCGGCACAUUUUAAAGUGUUGAACAACGAUAUUGUUUAUGUUUAAUUUGGACACUUGGAAGUCAAUGCUGUCUGCCAUCUUCCCACGGUCUGUUUCACGCCUCUUUGGGACUCGCAUCAGGAAACCAAUGAAAGUGUUUUACUUUCUUAAAAAAAAAAUGUACAUCCUUUCCAAAAAUAUUGUUUUAUUUUACUUUCAAGAAUUAAAAAAAACAUACAUGUAAAUAAAAAAACUGAUUUAAUUGUC